GGAUCCGCCCCAGAGCCAGCUGCAUUCGGGGCCGGGAAGGGUGAGCACUCAUGCCGGGCUCCCCUUGCCAGGGAGAUGUUGGCACCACUUCUCCCCUGCCCUGCGCUGCAGGUCGGCGGGCCGCACUCUGGGCCCGGCUGCUGCUCGCGGUGGGCCUGGCGCUGGGGGCCGAGGAGGACGCCUGUGACUGCGGCGCAGCUCUGGACUACGAGGCUUUCCGGGCAGCUCCCGCCCCCGCUGCCUGCUGCCUGAACUUCACCGGCUCGGCCGUGGGGCUCCUGGCCUGGGCCGCGCUGGGGCAGGUGCAGGGCCUGCGGGAGCUGCACCUGGCGCGCUGCGGCAUCGCGGCCGUCUCCGGCGCGGCCACCGGCCCCCCGGCCCUGGAGGUGCUGCGCUUGGGCCGCAACCGGCUGCAGACGCUGCCCGAUGGCUUCCUGGCGGACGCCCCCCGGCUCCGCGUCCUGGACUUGGAGGGCAACCGGCUGCGGGCGCUGCCCGGCUCCUUCCUCCGGGCCUCGGCGGGGAUCCAGGAGGUCUCGCUGGGCUUCAACGCGCUGACCGCGCUGCCCGCCGGCGUCUUCCAGCCGUCCCUGCGCCGCCUGGGUCUGGCCAACAACAGCUGGCACUGCAGCUGUGCCCUGCUCUCCGGCCUGCGACGGCUGCCCCAAGCCGUGUCCGACGGCGCGUCACGGUGCCGCACGCCGGAGCGCCGCGCGGGCGGCCUGGGGACGGAGCCCGCGGGCGAGGAGCCGGCCGGUGGCCCCGAGGCGGAGAGGCUGAGCAUGAGCGAGGUGCUGCGGGACUCGGCCGCCCGCGAGAAGCUGUACCGGAGCCAGGCGGCCGAGUACUACAGCCUGGUGCCCGGCCUGGAGCCGGACGACUCGUACGAGAGCGUGGAGCUGGGCUGA